GCGAACGGUCGGCCACGGACGGUGGCACUUCAACCGGCGACGGGCAAGCGAGCGCGCUACCUCAGUGUCGGCGGUUAUUAUUGUAGUGCGGCCGUGUGCGGAUAUUCGCGAGUGUACCAUCAACGGGUUAAUAAUGGUCAUGACGUCCGAAUACGGUGCUUAAGUGUCGGAUUGGGGAAAACAAAAAUUUCUAUAUUUUUUUUUCCGGCGCAAAUGUUUCAACCGGAAACGAUAUUUUUCGCGUUUUAACGGUGUCCACGGCCGGCCCUUCUCGAAAGAGGAUUACACGUCCGGCGCGGCCAAAAAAGGAUUAAUAUUUAAUAAGACAUGCGAAUUUCAGACAUCGGUGGCGAAGUCGGUGUAAACGACAUGGAGCCCCAGCCGCGGUCACGGUGAUGGUGACUGAAUAGGAGUGCGACUGGGGUGCACAUGGGUUGCUCGUCCAACGGCAAAGAAUUAUUUAAGCAUCAGAGUUGCGCGGCCGAAGAGAGUAACACUGUGUCGUCGGACCGCCUGCUCCAAGACCAGCGUCGAUCGGAUAAUUCAAAUGCACGGGAUGCGAGGAAUCCGGAAAGGAACAGUGGUUUACUGGUGACCAGGUUACUGAAUAUCUCGUCAGAAAUGUGGGACAAUUGUUGCCGCCGCCGGAGAGGUUCUCCCACAGACGUGUCCAGAGGCACGGGUGGAGAUGCUUAUUCGCCGAUCAACAGAAGUGAUUCGCCACUUGCUCAGACUCCUGAAAACAGCUUCGUGUUUGGCUGCUCCAAGCACAUGCAAGAUGUUCGGCCAAACUCUACUUUGAAAAAGAUAUUGUUAGUGGCGCCAAAAGAGGACUCGGUUUGGCAAACUAUGGAAACGGUAGCUGGGCAUUUAGACUGGGCGGUGGACCGUGUGAACAGCUCCGAGGAGGCAUUAGAGUGUUUCCACAAAGGAAACAGCGUGCCGGCAGUGGUGUUCGUAGAUUGCAGAUACCAAAACGACAAAGCCGUGGAUGGCCAUCAAAUAGCGAGGUCGUUGCGGUCAAUGAAAAGGAACGCUCACGUCGUACUCGUAGCUUUGGUCAGGAAAAGCCUGGUCGAGAGAAAUGAAAAAGACGUGACAUCAAUAUUGGCCAGUGGAUUUAACAAAAUCAUUGUGGAAACGUACAAUAAAAAUUUGUGGAUCAAGGAGUUACAACAGCUGGAAAGGGAGGACAUGGCCGUCCGAUCCAUGUUGGCUCAGCAGGACGCAGUCUUAGCGGCUAUGGACAAAACCAAAGACCUAGUCAUUAUUACUGACCUCAAGCACAACAUACAAUACAUGAACAAGUCGGGUACGUCCAUCCUGGGCUACGGCGCUGAGGACAUGCUGAACAAACCGUUGCCACUGUUCCAUCAGCUCGGUGAAAUCGAUCAGAUAACCAAGAAGCUGGAGAAGAACAUCGAGUGGGAAGGCAAAGUGUCGUGGAAGUGCAAAAACGGCGAACACGUCUACCUCCAGUGCCGAGCAUUCCCGUUCAGAGCAUUUGGGAAAGAGACUACGAAUUAUGUAUACGUCCAAGAAACCAUAGGCGACGGUCACGGAUAUCCCAGAGGAAGUGUACCGUCCAUUCGCAAAGGAUCAUACGAUCUUAAAUCUAUCAACAGCGAUGGCGCUCAGUCAGCUAGAAGACAAAGUUUGGCCAAACUUCACAACUUGCCUCUAGAAGCACCCAUCACCAAAGUGAUAUCGUUGAUUUGUGCGGCCCAAGAGAAUUCCAGCGAUCAAGUGGUACAGAUCCUCGACAAAGUCGUAGACAUUUUGCGAGUCACCGAACUUUACUCGUCUCACCUGAAAACAGAAAACAUUAAGUACGAUGAUCCUGUUACUUCGGACUUGAUCGGCGCUCUAAUCACGCAAGGUCCUAUGCACGUGACGUCCACUAGAAGGAGCUCCAACGAUUCGGCCACGGUCAAGCACCAACCGUACGGGUUGAGCCUGGCCAAGACAAACUUCAUGUCUAGCGUAACGCCUCAAAUCAAAGAGCUUUUAGACAUGUCUCUGUAUUGGGAUUUCAACAUUUUCAAACUCGAAGAACUUACCAUGAAAAGGCCGUUGGUGCAUUUGGGAAUGAAUUUACUCACACACUUUGAAGUGCACAAGACGUUGGGCUGUGACGAACGCGUUCUGCAAGGGUGGUUAACUGUGGUCGAGGGACACUAUCAUUCCAAGAACACUUACCACAAUUCUACACACGCCGCGGACGUGCUUCAAGCGACUGCUAUGUUCUUGGAGAAGGAUCGCAUUAAACGACUAUUGGAUCAAUUGGACCAGGCUUGCUGUCUGAUCGCCGCCAUCACUCACGAUAUAGAUCAUCCUGGUAAAUCGAGCGCUUUUUUGUGCAAUUCCCAAAACGAUUUGGCCCUCUUGUACAACGACAUAAGCGUCUUGGAAUCGCAUCAUGCCGCCCUCACGUUCAAACUCACCAUCAAAGACGAUCGGGUGAACAUUUUCAAAGGUCUAGAAAAGGAUACUUACAAAGUGGUCAGACAGAAUAUUAUCGAUAUGAUAUUAGCCACUGAAAUGACUAAACACUUUGAGCACUUGGCCAAGUUUGUCAGUGUCUGUAACAAACCUUCGCAACAGGACGAUGCGACAGCCGACGGUUUAUCUCCAAGUGAAGUCGGUCCGGAAAUGGUGACUCCGACCAGCGCAGAAGAAGUGAAUCUAGUUAAAAGGAUGUUGAUUAAAUGUGCAGACGUUUCGAAUCCGACCAGACCGUUAAAACAGUGCGUGGAAUGGGCUAAACGCAUUGCCGAAGAAUAUUUCAAUCAGACUGACGAAGAAAAAAUCAACCAUCUGCCCGUCGUGAUGCCAAUGUUUGACAGAGCCACUUGUUCCAUACCGAAGUCGCAAAUAGGAUUUAUGGAUUACAUCAUAAACGAUAUGUUUGAAACUUGGGACUCGUUCAUAGACAUGCCGGAGAUGUUGUACUACAUGCGGACCAAUUAUCAAUAUUGGAAAGACUUGGAAGAAAAAGGCACCAUCAGCACCAGCGAAGUGUGCAAAACGUCUUUACCGCACAUAACGCUGCCCAAAAUUCCGGAAACCAACGGCAACAGUAAUUGAGAACAUCAUGUCAAUGUACUACAGUCUACAAUAUUGUAUUCUUAUCUUAUUGUAUAUAUUGACUUCAGUAUUUCGAGACACUCAUCUCUCCUAUGUUACAGCGAAACGGAUCGUUAGGGCACAAAUAUAUAAUAUAUAUAUAUAUAUAAUUAUUAUCCUGAAAUUUGUAUAUUAAAAUAGUAUAUAUCAUAUUGCCCUGUCAAAUGUGUACCAAACAAUGCCAAGUAUUGAAAAUUUGUGUUUAGUUUCUUCGAGUGUUAUACUACUACUACUUAUAUAAUAUAUAUAUAUACAUAUAAAUAGGUUUAAUAAAAUUUACAUUAUUAAAUAUCAUUAAAUUACAAAACCUUUUACUUAAGUGGUAUAUUAAUUAUUAUCAUAAGGUUGUGCGUCUUGAAGAUAAUAAUAUCAUAAUAUUACUUAUACUUAAUUUUAAUAUCACUUAAAUGCAUUAUAAUAUUAUUAUUAUUAUUAUUAUUAAAACGCGGUAAACGUCAUCAUACUUGUUACCAUUAGGUUUAUGUACCAUAUUACACUAAAAGUGUGUUUUAUUUAUUAAAUUAUUUAUCUAAUAUUAUCGUUUUAUGUGUAAAAAUAGAGCACAAGACCCUUCUUCUGCCGGGCCAUUGGACAUAUACCUCUGUUGACAAUUAUUACUCUUAUUAUUAGGUAUUAUUAUCAUUACUAUUAUAAUAAUUAGUAAUUAGUUGUACCUUGAAAAAAUACCCUUUGCCGUGGCGAUACAAUUUAAUAUGUCAUAUUGAUACAUCUGCUAAGGGUCUAGUUAUCCGUGCAAUGUGAUUGCCUAUCCAACCCCUCGAAUUACUACAUAACAUUACCUACUUUAUAAUUUAUAAUAUUGGCAUUCGGUACCCCGUCGAAUGUUUAUCGAUACUACUUGAGACUUUGUUUUAUUAGUUUUAAUUUAAAAAAAAUCGUGCAAUUUUAGUGUACUACUUAUAACUUAUUGCUAUAUAAUAUGCAAUGAGCAUAUCUUGAGCAUAUCUUAAGAAUAAAAAUCCCCAAAAAUUCGGUUAUACGCCCAGUUGGAUAACUUUUGACAAUAUUACAACCUAUACAACUUGUACAAAUUAAAUUUAUUCUUAAUUUUAGCAUGAUUUUUGUUAUUGUAUUAUUAUUGUACUACUCCAUUGGACCGUGGUGCCGCCUUAAUGUUGUAUUGCAGAAAUAUAAUUUAUUAUUUUAUUAUUCUAUUUUUAGUUCAUUAUUUGUUUUUAUACUUGUUUUUUUACUUUAAAUUUAUACAUUUAAUGACUUUGUAUAUAUAUAUAUAUAUAUCUAUACCUGUAUUCAUAAUGCUUAUUAAUAUUUUUACCUAAGCUACCCCUUAGGCUACUUCUGAAUGGUCGCCAUAAUAUUUUUAACUAUAUUAAUUAUUAUAUUUAAACGAGCAAAAUAAAAAUGUAUAACAGUAUAUUAUUAUAAUAUUAAUAAUUCAAUAUAAAAUCAGAUUAU